UUGCCAGGUGGCAACGUCUUUCACAAGAAGCCAUCACAAGUUUUGACUAAAGUAAAUUGUAGAAAUAAAUAGUAAGAAAAUGGCUACCAAUUCGUGUAAAUGUUGUUUUGAAUACCGUUUUGUUGUGCUUAUUUAAUUGAUAUACACAGCACCGGCAGUCUUAGAUUAAAAUAUGUGAAGGCUUCAAAAAUGUGUGUGUCGGGCAAAGUGUAAAAAAGCAAAUCCAAACCGAGUGUAAUAUUUACACAUAUCUAAAUCUGACGUACGGAACGGACGCCGUGUAGCUAAAUAAAUUUAUGGCGUGUUAAGAGACGUGCACAACGACUGUCAAUGGUUUGUUUUGUUUUUCAGUCAGAAAAUGAAUCGUGCGAUGGACAACUGCGACAUUUGCCGGCUUGUUGCGCCAAUAAUUUAAUCGCAGAAUUUAUAGCCACUUCCAAAAAGACCAAACACUAAAUUCCACUUGAUGUUACAGUGACGCAAUGCUUACUUAUCGCGUGCCCGUGCCAAUUACAACAACAACAUGAAAAAUGAGACAACGUGAAGAGACUCUCUCCACACAAACGAAGCGGAAUACCUGCAUUUUAAAUAUCUUGCAAUUGUCGCAACUUCUUCGUGUAAAUGUGUGUGUGUGUGUGCAUGUGUUAGUUAUGGUUUCUGCGAUGCGAUAAACACAGUAAAUAUUUGUAUUUAGCAAUUGAGAAACGAUUCUGUGCCGCGCUCAACGACCAUAAGUUGCUCCAAGUUUCGUUCAUUCCAAAUGUCUUUAGGGCUUUGAGCCGGAGCUUGUAAAAUGGCUCGUAAGCCAUAUACAAGUCACCAUACUAAUAUUAAGCUCAAACAAUUGUGCCAAAUCACAACGAAAAAAUGUGUAAUUAAUAAUAACCAUCUUAGCUAUGUGAUAAGCUUUCUACUCAUCAUUUGCUCCUGCAUCUCAAACAGUUGGCAAUAUAAAAAUGUGCAUGGAGGACCCGUUUCAUCCUCGCUGGUGGCCACAUCUUCGACUGGACCGUUUAUUAACACGCCAGCCACGUUGUUGUUCACCACCCGUCAUGACAUUCAAGUGGCGAAUAUUACAAAGCCAACGGGAGGACCACUUAUCGAUGUGAUUGUCAAGGAUUUGGCCGAGGCGAUGGCAAUUGAUUUUUACUAUGCCAAGAACUUGGUAUGCUGGACAGAUUGCGGCCGGGAAAUUAUCGAGUGUGCGCAGACAAAUUCAACGCUGCCGUUGUCCAAGGCACCCAAGCAGACUGUGAUAUCGACAGGAUUGGAUAAGCCGGAGGGAUUGGCGAUUGAUUGGUAUACGGACAAGAUCUAUUGGACGGAUGGCGAGAAGAAUCGCAUUGAGGUGGCCACCCUCGAUGGACGCUACCAGAAGGUGCUCUUCUGGACGGAAUUGGAUCAACCACGUGCCAUUGCUGUUGUGCCGGCCAAGAGGCUUCUCAUCUGGACAGAUUGGGGCGAGUAUCCGAAGAUUGAGCGUGCCAGCAUGGAUGGAGAUCCGUUGACACGGAUGACCCUGGUCAAGGAUAAUGUAUUCUGGCCAAAUGGUUUGGCUGUGGAUCUGGAGAGUGAGCUCAUCUAUUGGACGGAUGGCAAGUUUCGUUUCAUUGAUGUGAUGAAACUGGAUGGCAGCAAUCGACGAACUAUUGUCAAUAAUCUGAAGUAUCCAUUCAGUUUGACAUACUUUAAUAAUCGGCUGUACUGGACAGAUUGGUUGCGUGGAUCUCUGAAUGCCUUGGAUCUGCGCACAAAUGACCUAAAGGAGCUCAUCGAUACGCCAAAGGCGCCGAAUUCAGUGCGUGCCUGGUCCGCAUCCCUGCAGCCAUACGAGGAUAAUCCCUGCAGUCACAACAACGGCAACUGUUCCCAUCUCUGCCUCUUGGCCACAAAUGCCCAGGGAUACAGCUGUGCCUGUCCCACUGGUGUGAAGCUCCUCUCCCCCAAUAGCUGUGCCAAUGGCUCCCAGGAGAUGCUCUUUAUUGUGCAACGGACGCAGAUUAGUAAGAUCUCCCUCGAUUCGCCGGACUAUACGAUAUUUCCAUUGCCCUUGGGUAAGGUGAAGUAUGCCAUUGCCAUCGAUUACGACCCAGUAGAUGAGCACAUCUAUUGGUCGGAUGUGGAGGCCUAUACGAUUAGAAGAUCCCGUGCUGAUGGUACCGGGAUUACGGACUUUGUCACCUCGGAGGUGCGACAUCCAGAUGGCUUGGCCUUGGAUUGGCUGGCACGUAAUCUAUACUGGACGGAUACGGUUACGGAUCGCAUUGAGGUCUGUCGUUUGGAUGGUUCCGCCCGCAAGGUGCUCAUCUAUGAGCAUCUGGAGGAGCCGCGUGCCAUUGCGGUGGCUCCCUCGCUUGGUUGGAUGUUUUGGAGUGAUUGGAACGAACGGAAACCCAAAGUGGAGCGAGCUUCCCUCGACGGAUCCGAGCGAGUUGUUUUAGUCUCCGAGAAUCUCGGUUGGCCCAAUGGCAUUGCCUUGGACAUUGAGCAUAAGACGAUCUAUUGGUGUGAUGGCAAAACGGAUAAAAUUGAGGUGGCCAACAUGGAUGGCUCCGAUAGACGGGUUGUCAUCAGUGAGAACCUCAAGCAUCUGUUCGGCUUAAGCAUUCUGGAUGAUUACCUUUACUGGACAGAUUGGCAGCGACGCUCCAUCGAUCGUGCCCAUAAAAUCACGGGUAACAAUCGCAUCGUUGUCGUCGAUCAGUAUCCCGAUCUCAUGGGUCUGAAGGUGACCAGAUUACGUGAGGUGCGUGGCCAGAAUGCUUGUGCCGUGCGCAAUGGUGGUUGCUCUCAUCUCUGCCUGAACCGUCCACGGGAUUAUGUCUGCCGUUGUGCCAUCGAUUACGAGCUGUCCAAUGAUAAACGAACUUGUGUUGUGCCCGCUGCAUUUCUGCUGUUUUCUCGCCAGGAGCACAUUGGACGCAUCUCCAUUGAGUACAACGAGGGCAAUCACAACGAUGAGCGGAUACCCUUUAAGGAUGUGCGGGAUGCCCAUGCCCUGGACGUCUCAGUCGCCGAACGUCGCAUCUAUUGGACGGAUCAGAAGAGCAAGUGCAUCUUUCGGGCCUUCCUCAAUGGCUCGUAUGUGCAGCGCAUUGUUGACUCCGGGUUAAUAGGUCCCGAUGGCAUUGCCGUCGAUUGGCUGGGACACAACAUUUACUGGUCGGAUGCGGAGGCACGUCGCAUUGAGGUCUCCCGUCUCGACGGCAGCAGUCGUCGGGUGCUGCUCUGGAAGGGCGUGGAGGAGCCGCGAUCCCUGGUCCUGGAGCCACGACGUGGCUACAUGUACUGGACGGAGUCGCCAUCGGAUUCAAUACGUCGGGCAGCCAUGGAUGGCAGCGAGCUGCAAACGAUUAUAGCGAGUGCGAAUCAUGCGGCGGGCUUAACCUUUGACCAGGACACCAGGCGGAUUUAUUGGGCUACCCAGUCGCGUCCCACGAAGAUCGAGUGCGCCGACUGGGAUGGCAAACGGAGACAAGUUUUGGUCAGCAGUGACAUCGAUGAACCCUACGCUGUAUCCCUAUAUCAGGACUAUGUCUACUGGAGUGACUGGAACACUGGAGAUAUUGAACGUGUCCAUAAGACAACUGGACAAAAUCGCAGUCUCGUCCACUCUGGCAUGACGUACAUCACAUCCCUGCUGGUCUUCAAUGACAAAAGACAGACGGGCGUUAAUCCCUGCAAGCUGAACAACGGCGGCUGCUCCCAUUUGUGUCUCGCUCAGCCCAGUAGGCGGGGCAUGACCUGCGCCUGUCCCACACACUAUCAGCUGGCCAAGGAUGGCGUCUCCUGCAUUCCACCACGCAACUAUAUCAUCUUCAGUCAGCGCAACAGCUUUGGACGCUUGCUUCCAAAUGCCACCGAUUGUCCCAACGUCCCUUUACCCGUAUCCGGCAAGAAUAUCCGUGCUGUUGACUAUGAUCCCAUCACACAUCAUAUUUACUGGAUUGAAGGACGCAGUCAUAGCAUCAAACGUUCGCUGGCCAAUGGCACCAAGACAAGUGUCCUGGUGAACAGUGGACAACCCUUUGACAUUGCCAUUGAUAUUAUUGGACGCUUGCUCUUCUGGACGUGCUCCUACUCCAACAGCAUUAAUGUGACCAGUUUCCUUGGCGAAUCGAUUGGCGUCAUUGACACCGGCGACUCGGAGAAGCCGCGUCACAUUGCCGUGCAUGCGGUGAAGCGCCUGCUCUUCUGGUCGGAUGUGGGAAGCCAUCAGGCUAUAAUCCGGGCACGUGUCGAUGGCAACGAGCGCAUGGAGUUGGCCUACAAAUUGGAGGGCGUUACGACCCUUGCUUUGGAUCAACAAUCGGAUAUGAUUUAUUAUGCGCACGGAAAGCGCAUUGAUGCCAUGGACAUCAAUGGCAAGAAUGUAAAAUCGCUGGUUUCCAUGCACAUCUCGCAGGUGAUUAAUAUUGCUGCUCUGGGAGGAUUUGUCUAUUGGCUGGACGACAAGACGGGAGUGGAGCGUGUGACGGUGACGGGAGAACGUCGCUCGGCGGAACUGCAGCGAUUGCCACAGAUCACAGACAUCCGUGCCGUGUGGACGCCGGACGCAAAACUGCUGAGGAAUCACACAUGUUUGCACAGUCGUACAAAAUGUUCCCACAUUUGUGUAGCCUCUGGAGAUGGCGUCACCCAUACACGUGACAUUUGCUCCUGUCCAAAGCAUCUGAUGCUACUUGAGGAUAAGGAGAACUGCGGUGCUCUGCCCGCCUGUGGGCCAGAUCAUUUCACAUGUGCGGCACCCGUUGCCGAGAAUAGUGAUAUGAACAAGGAUUGCAUACCAGCGUCAUGGCGCUGUGAUGGCCAAAAGGAUUGUCCCGACAAAUCCGAUGAGGUGGGCUGCCCAUCCUGUCGGCCGGAUCAGUUCAGCUGCCAGUCGGGCGAGUGCAUUGACAAGUCGCUCGUCUGUGACGGCACCACCAACUGUGCCAAUGGACACGACGAGGCCGAUUGCUGCAAGCGACCUGGCGAAUUUCAGUGUCCAACUAGCAAGCUUUGCAUCUCGACUGCUUUGCUCUGCGAUGGCUGGGAGAACUGCGCCGAUGGCGGAGACGAGUCCGCGGAUAUUUGUCAGCAACGUAGCAUGGCGCCAGCAUCGGAUAAGCGUGCAUUUAUGAUAUUGAUUGGAGCCACAAUGGUCAUCAUCUUCUCGAUUGUUUAUCUGCUGCAAUUUUGUCGCACACGCAUUGGAAAAAGUCGCACGGAGCCCAAGGAUGAUCAGGCAUCGGAUCCACUUUCACCAUCGACGCUGAGCAAGUCUCAGCGUGUCUCGAAAAUUGCCUCUGUUGCGGAGGCAGUGCGCAUGUCGACGCUCAACUCGCGGAAUAGCAUGAACUCGUAUGAUCGCAAUCACAUAACUGGAGCAUCCAGUUCGACAACGAAUGGCAGCAGCAUGGUCGCCUAUCCGAUCAAUCCACCGCCAUCGCCGGCCACACGUUCACGUCGUCCAUACAGGCACUACAAGAUCAUCAAUCAACCGCCGCCACCGACUCCAUGCUCUACGGAUAUUUGCGAUGAAUCCGAUUCGAAUUAUACAAGUAAAUCGAAUAGCAAUAAUAGUAAUGGUGGCGCCACCAAGUUGUCAUCCAGUUCGGCAGCUGCCUGCCUGCAAUAUGGUUAUGACAGCGAACCAUAUCCGCCGCCGCCAACACCACGUUCCCAUUACCACAGCGAUGCCCGCAUUGUGCCGGAAUCAUCCUGUCCGCCAUCGCCAUCAUCUCGCAGCUCCACAUACUUCUCCCCAUUGCCGCCGCCACCGUCGCCAGUGCAAUCGCCAAGUCGUGGAUUUACGUAACAUUUUGAAUUCCACAUGUAAAAAGCAGCGCAGUUUUUUGAAUGCCCAACACACAUGUGCUAAGAGUAUUGUACAUAUUUAUGUAUGUUUUAUUUUGUCAAUUAGGGAUUUAGCUAAUUGUAUUUGUUAAAUUACAUUAAAGACCACAAUGAUCGGCGCGUGUAAAUAGCUUAGCUAAUAAACUUAAAUGUGUAGUUUGAUAUAUAAGUAUGUAUGUAUUCCGAUCUCGUUAAGUUUCAUUUGCCGGACGAAAUUAAUUGUUAACAAAAAUUAACAAAUAACGCAAAAGUUCGUCAACAAUAGACUGCAAUUUUUUAAGCAUUUCAGAUAGAUAGAUAAAAGCGAAUGAAUUAAUCAUACAAAUUACAGUAACAAAUUUAACUUACCUAUUCCGCGUGCCAAAUUUUCUAAAUACACUCAAAAUAUGUAUGUUGAUUUAUUUGUAGCAAAUAUAUAUAACUGCAUUUAUAUAUAUUUAUAUAACUAGAUGUAUUGUAUUUUGAUAACAUUUAAAAGAUUGUUUAUUAAACUUAUUUUGAUUUGUAAGUGUAUAUAGCCAAUUUAUUAGUAUUAUUAAGCAAUAUUGACGAAAUGUGCAGCUAAUUUAAAUGUAAUUGUUAUAAACACCAAAAAGUGCCUCAGUAAUAUUGUGUGUUUUUAUAUUGUUUAAUUCUUCCCACAAAUAUAUGAUUUCAUUGAUAGAUAAUAAUAAAUAAAAACAAAAAGAAUCAACAAAUAGUUAAUCGAAAUACAUGCGUCCCGUGCAUGUGUAGUUUUUGCAAUAUUUAAACGUAUUUAUAGUUAAUCAUAGAUAAUAUAUUUGUAAUUAAACAACAACAAUUUAAGCAUACAAACCCAUUAUUUUUUAAAUAUAAAAGUGCAGUAUUUUGUAACUUUUUUUGUCGAUCUUCUUACUUAAUACCAACUGUAACCAUGUUGAGAGGAACAAAAAUUUGAUUUGAAUCAGAUUAGAUUCAUUGAUAAAUGUGAACGUAAUUAGACCCAUAAA